AGACACCCCGCCUAGACACUCAGCAAGACUCUACUUCUCUGUCGCAACAGCCUCCAUCAACUCUUCCUUACUUCUUGGCCCGGACGAGGACGCAACAAAGCUAUGGUUCCCUCCACCCCGGACUGAAACUCCAUUCCAACCUGGUGUUGCACCAUAUAAUCUUCCGCCAUCCAUCUCAAAGCGACCUCGAACGCCUCUGUUCAUUGCGUUUACCCGCAACACUGCCAUGCUGCAGCAAACCGUCCUGAGCUACAUAGCGGCGGGCUGGCCUCGUGAGGACAUCAUCGUUGUAGACAACAGCGGCACGAUGGACGCAAACUCUUUGGGCCUCCUCACCUCCAAAAACCCGUUCUUCCUGGACUAUGAACUUUUCCGCCUGCGGUAUGGUGUCUCGAUCCUGCAGACCCCGACGCUUCUGUCCUUCGCGCAGCUCAUGAACUUUUACUUGCGGGUUAGCAUGGCGCACGGCUGGCGCUACUUCUUCUGGUCUCAUAUGGAUGUCGCUAUCCUUAGUGACGAGGACGCAAAGCCCUACAAAUCAUUUUAUACCCGCGUGCUCGAGAUCCUGACCGACCUUCGCAUCUCCGCCCUCAAUGUGGACAUCCCGAACGGCGACAAAUGGGCCAUCAAGUACUUUACUUACGACUGGCUGACUCUCGUAAAUGUCCCAGCCUGGCGCAAGAUUGGAAUCUGGGACCCAUUCAUUCCCUACUACGCAACUGAUUGCGACGCCUAUUCGCGUAUCGUGCUGAACGGGUUGACCAAGGACGACGUUCGGGCGGGGCGCAUAUUCGAUCUGCCGGAUGCCAUCAAAGAUCUCGAGCACAAGCUAUUUUGAAACUUGUCCGUACGCCUGAUCGCAUAUGCUUCUCGGCAGGUGGCGCCAAUUUCAGAUUUUGAGAGAUUGUUGGGAUAUGAAGACAUCUGCACCACUGAGAUCGUCUACCGAUACUGCUUGUGGAAGCAAGUGCCUCCACGAAACACUUACGAGUAGCCUUGCCGGUACGGGGAUCGCGGUAAAUCACAGUUAGUGGUGUGAUCAACUCUCGUCAAAAGGACAAGCAGUAACCGAUUUUCGCUGCACGGUGAUCACAGGGGGAGACGCAGUAGGCGAAGAAAACCAGUAAUAACAGGGCCUCUCGAGGCCCCUACAUCCC